AAUGCAACACGUAGCCCAUAGCAACCACGCCAGGAGUUCAGUUUACCCUAGCAACCAUGGAGAACAUGGAAGAGACAGAAGAACAGGAGGAACAACCUCUCUCCAGCCGAAUCGAAGAACUCUGGAUUUCCCAUGAAGCCAUGCUGACAGAGAAUCACAUGUUUGAGAGUUUCAUCGGCCGUCUGAAUCCACUGGACCUGGAGUCCCCGGCCGGGGGGGAGGGGCCUGAGGGGUCGGUGGCCUCUCUGAUCGAGGGGGGGGGACGGAGACGGAGGUCUCGUUCCUCCAUCACAGAUCGCCCCCUGCAGCUGACCCUGGAACACAAACUUUUUAUGGAACGGAGUGAAAUAAAGGCGACAACACAAGAUUGUGAGGAUCUCAAACGGAGCAGUGAGUUGGUCCAGGACAACUACAAGGCCUCGAUGCAAGUGUCUGAAAUGUGUCUGGCGUGGUUCAGGAAGGCCGAGAAAGAGUUUGACCGCAGAAUUCUCCAACCUGUGAAGGACACGAGUCUGGAAGUGAAGGACCCAGAGAGCCUGCUGCACUGCGUCAGAGACAAGUCAAAGGACAACCAGUUGGAGAAGUUACAUCUGAAGAUCCAAGCAAUGAAGGUCGAGGAGAGGAAGGUCCAGCUGAAACUGAUACGUAGUAAGGAGAUGGGAAAAGCUGAGUUCAAGAAGGAAAUCAUCCAGGAGAAGAUUGAACAAAGAUCUGACAAGAAUCCAGACGAACUCAAAGUCAAAAGUUUGACAGUGCAACGUAUCCUCAGUUUACACAAGGCAAAGCUGCACAGUACGACAAUGGAGUUGAAAGAGUUCAGACAUGACAGCAGCAACAGGGAGCAGAUGCUGGUCAGACUUGAUGAGGACAUACAGGAGGUUGAAGAGAAGCGUUCGACCGCCCAUGCCCUGGACCAACACCUGCUCGGCCAGAUGGCUGAUUUUCGAGCUCCCACUGUCCUCGAGUACAUGCACGUCAAAGAAAAACACAAGAAGCUGCUGCAGAGCAUUCACACUUGGGAGCGGAAGGAUAAGAUUGCUGAGAUGGCCUUGAAGACUCAAAGGAAGGCAAAGGCCAAACAGAGAGCCGCUCUCACUGCUGCAGAAAGCCCUGGAGCUGGAGGGGGGGGCGACCACGGCCCCCGGUGAGGCUGCCGCACACAGAAGAACACGAGGGAGCCAGAGAAUCAGACGACCGAAUGAAUGAAGGAUGGAAACUUCACUAAACAGUAGCAAAUGAUUUGUGUUUGUGAUAUUAAUUAUGCAACUUCACUUGUAUAUGUUUCAACCUUUUGAUUUUUUCUUGUAAUAUUGGUUGGACGUUACAGAAUACAAGUGUGGGUUUGAAGGUUACCAUUUUGAGCACCCGUGCUUGUUGUAUAAACUCUGCAGAGAUUAUUAUUAUAAAGACUCAAAGGCAA